AUGUCGCGCCCACUGACCGACCAGGAGAAGAGGAAGCAGAUCAGCAUCCGUGGCAUAGUGGGGGUGGAGAAUGUGGCCGAGCUGAAGAAGGGCUUCAACCGGCACCUGCACUUCACCCUGGUCAAGGACCGCAAUGUGGCCACCACCCGUGACUACUACUUCGCCCUGGCGCACACCGUGCGCGACCACUUGGUGGGCAGGUGGAUCCGCACCCAGCAGUACUACUACGAGAAGGACCCCAAGAGAGUUUACUAUCUCUCUCUAGAAUUUUAUAUGGGCCGUACCUUACAGAACACCAUGAUAAACCUUGGAUUGCAGAAUGCUUGUGAUGAGGCAAUUUAUCAGCUAGGGCUGGAUAUAGAAGAGCUGGAGGACAUUGAAGAGGAUGCUGGCCUUGGCAACGGAGGUCUUGGAAGACUGGCUGCCUGCUUCCUUGACUCAAUGGCGACACUUGGGCUUGCUGCAUAUGGGUAUGGCAUCCGAUACGAAUAUGGAAUCUUCAACCAGAAGAUCCGAGAUGGAUGGCAGGUGGAAGAAGCCGACGACUGGCUUAGACACGGCAACCCCUGGGAGAAAGCCCGUCCCGAGUACAUGCUGCCUGUCCACUUUUAUGGAAGAGUGGAACACACCAAGAGUGGACUGAAGUGGGUCGAUACGCAGGUGGUCCUUGCCUUGCCCUAUGAUACCCCUGUGCCUGGAUACAUGAAUAACACCGUCAACACCAUGCGGCUGUGGUCUGCUCGGGCACCUAAUGACUUCAACCUCCGAGACUUUAACGUUGGAGACUACAUUCAAGCCGUCUUGGACAGAAAUGUGGCUGAGAACAUCUCCCGUGUCCUCUAUCCGAACGAUAACUUUUUCGAAGGCAAAGAACUGCGACUGAAGCAGGAGUACUUUGUUGUGGCUGCCACCCUCCAGGAUAUCAUCCGACGUUUCAAAGCAUCCAAAUUUGGAAGCACGGAAAGCGUUCGAACUAUGUUUGAUUCUUUUCCAGAUCAGGUAGCGAUACAGCUGAAUGACACUCACCCUGCACUGGCCAUUCCCGAAUUGAUGAGGGUUUUUGUGGACAUUGAAAAACUGCCAUGGACUAAGGCCUGGGAUAUUACUAAGCAGACCUUCGCCUACACAAACCACACGGUGCUCCCUGAAGCUCUAGAGCGCUGGCCGGUCGAUCUCGUGGAGAAGCUGCUGCCGAGACAUCUGCAAAUAAUUUACGAAAUAAACCAGAGGCAUCUGGACAAAGUCAGAGCCCUGUUUCCUAAUGAUCUUGACCGCCUGAGAAGAAUGUCCCUGAUCGAGGAAGGAGGCGUCAAGAGAAUCAACAUGGCCCAUCUCUGCAUCAUCGGCUCGCAUGCUGUUAAUGGCGUAGCAAAGAUCCACUCUGAUAUCGUGAAGACUCAGGUAUUCAAGGACUUUGCUGACCUGGAACCAGAGAAGUUUCAGAAUAAGACCAAUGGAAUCACCCCCAGGCGCUGGCUCUUGCUUUGCAACCCAGGACUGGCAGAGCUCAUAGCAGAGAAAAUAGGAGAGGACUAUGUGAAAGAUCUAAGUCAGCUGACAAAGUUGCAUAAGUUUGUUAAUGACGAUAUCUUUAUUCGGGAGAUUUCCAAAGUGAAACAGGAGAAUAAAGUCAAGUUUGCCCAGUUCUUGGAGAAGGAAUACAAAGUGAAGAUUAACCCUUCCUCCAUGUUUGAUGUGCACGUGAAGAGAAUCCAUGAGUACAAACGUCAGCUCAUGAACUGUCUGCACAUUAUCACCAUGUACAACCGCAUAAAGAGAGAUCCUAUGAAGCCAUUUGUGCCUAGGACAGUUAUUAUUGGAGGCAAAGCUGCUCCAGGAUACCACAUGGCUAAAAUGAUCAUCAGACUCAUUACAGCUGUGGGUCAUGUGGUGAACAAUGACCCUGUGGUCGGAAACAAAUUGAAAGUCAUCUUUCUGGAGAACUACCGCGUGUCCCUGGCUGAAAAAGUGAUUCCAGCAACCGACCUGUCUGAACAGAUUUCCACAGCAGGCACUGAAGCGUCUGGUACAGGAAACAUGAAAUUCAUGCUGAAUGGAGCCCUGACCAUUGGGACCAUGGAUGGAGCAAACGUUGAAAUGGCAGAGGAGGCUGGAGAAGAGAACUUGUUCAUCUUUGGUAUGAGGAUCCAGGAUGUUGAAGAGCUGGACAAGAAAGGGUACAAUGCUCAGGAAUACUAUGAGAAACUUCCUGAAUUGAAGCAGGCCAUUGAUCAGAUCAAGAGUGGCUUCUUCUCUCCAAAGCAACCUGACCUUUUCAAUGAAGUGACCAACAUGUUGUUCUACCAUGACAGGUUUAAAGUAUUUGCAGAUUAUGAGGCAUAUGUCAAAUGCCAAGACAAAGUCAGCCAGCUGUAUAUGAAUGCUAAAGAGUGGACCAAACUGGUUAUUAGAAACAUAGCUGCCUCUGGGAAGUUCUCCAGUGACAGGACCAUUAAGGAAUAUGCCCGGGACAUCUGGAAGGUGGAGCCUUCUGACCUAAAGAUUCCUCCACCUAAUGAACCAAGGGAUGUGGCUGAUAAGAAUCCCAACUGCACAACUCAAAAGCUGAAGAUGUAGUUCUGAGAAGACUUUGCCGUGCAAGCUGUCUCUAGUAAGGAUGUGGUGUUAGCAUUGUUACAUACAUACAUUCCCAUAACUGUUUAGUGAAUAUCUUUUUAUUGCGUUUCCUACCACCUUGAAUGUUAGGAAACCUGAAUGUUAGAAUACAGCUGCUUGCUUUCGGUGCUGGAAUAAAAGUGCCAAUUGAAAUA